ACAUGUAAGAAAGUAUACAAAUCAUCCCAAAUCUGGUAUAUAUUCUUCUGAUGAUUCUGAAAUCGAAGCUAAUCAACCUUCAGAAUCUUUUGAAUUUACUACUGAAGAAGAUGAAGUUACAAGUGAAUCUGAUGAUAGUGAAUCUGAUAAUAAUGGUGAUUUUGAAUUAUGCACCACUGGAUUAUGA